GCUCAGCUCAUACAAACUCUCUCAUAAUGAGAGAAAAAAAUCCUGAAAUAAGGGUAAGAAAAACUCUUAUGCCUCAAGGUUUUAGUAAAUCUCAUAAUUUUGGCCGAACCACAAAAAGAGACGUGCGAAACAAAAUAGUAGAAAAUUGAUUUCCCGAAUCGACAAACAUGGACUAAACUAUAUGUAUGAUACAUAACUGGUCGUACUUACAAUGAUGAUACUUGGUUUCACGAAGACGAGGGAGCCUGGAGAUGAAUGAUGGUGAUAAGGCCAUGUGUCAUCACCAAAAGGAGGGUUGCUCCUGAAGUUUUCGCCGGAGCGGCCAGGAAGUCGAUCGAGGCGAUCGCCGAAUGGGAUCGUUUGACUUAUUUGUACGAGCGUUGUGUUCGGAGCCUUUCCGUAGAGGCUACUAACGCGAAAGAUGCCCAUGAGGCUUUGGCCGUUGAAAAGGAAAAAGUAGCUCAGGCGCUGGCCGACCUGGCAAGGUCUCAAGACGACGCCAAGGAGAUGAAGAGGAAAUAUGACGAGUUAGCUGGUCGCGCUCUUUCGGAGAUGAAGAGGCUUCGAGAACGUCGACUUGAAUAUGCUGAAUUUGUCCGGAGAUCGGCCCUUGAUAAGAUGGCGGAGCUCGUUCAGAAGCGAUUGGAUCGUAUUAAAGCUCAUAUUGACGAUACGAAGGCGGCAGAACCAAAGUUUCUUGAAUUCAACCAAGUAUCUGGGAAUAUCAAGACUCUCGAGGCGUUGGUCGAAGGUGGCGAAGUGGAGAUGAAGUCGGAUGACAGAUGUUAA